UGAGUCGAAAUGUCAAACUGAACCACUGAACCAGGUCUGAAAAUCUCACUUCAGUUUUUCAGAACUCAAGUGGUGAUGGGGAACACCGACAGUGUUGUAGCGCAGAAACGACUGGCUCGUUUUCGUCCCGAUGAGAGACCCGUUAUAGAGGGGACAUUUGACAGGCUUCAUGGAACUGGCUCCUCUGCUUCUUCAUCUGGAAAAACGGGGAAGGUUUUAUCCCUAGACAUGCUGAAGAUGACAAUGGGAAAGAUGGCCUCAGAAUCAAUGAUAAAGAGAGUAUUCCAUGGCAUACAUAGCAUUGAUCCAGAAGUGACACUGCCCCCUGGUGAUGGGAUAAGUCGUGAGCAGUUGGUUAUUUUCCUGGCAGAUAUUCUUAGAGGAACUGCAGAGGAACGUGCACCUUUGGUCUUGGCAAUGGCAGAGGGUGCAAAGGCUACUGCUACCACAGCUGAGCAGAUCAGAGGUUUUGUGGAAGACCUGGUUUCAGCGGCAGUGCAGACUCUAGUCCACAGGGGGCAUCUGCGAGGUUGGCAACCCGAUCGCAUGGCUGAUGGCCAUCAAGGGGUUAAACUGCUGUCAGAACAUUUGACCUCUGAAUUAAAAUCUUCAGAUCCGAGUACGUGUGACAUUCCAUGUCUGGAAGACUGGCUUUUCCGGAUCCCAGCAAUGGCCAUGUUUUUGGAGCUUCUGAUUGGUGAGGGGCUAGGAGUUGGGUUGCCCUCUCGUCCUCCCCCAACUCUCUUGCCCCCGUGUCGGUACGCUCCCUGGAGUGACCUCCGAUGUCUUUUGAAUCUACCUCUUCUAAUGUUCCUGUCCCCUCAGCUACCUGCGGGACACAGCGCCCCCUGGAGGUUGUUAUUCUCCACAGACAAACACGGGGAAAGCUUCACCCGAUUGGUGGGCAACUGUAAAAGUCGGGGUCCCACUGUCAUGUUGGUAAAAGACACUAAAGGCCAUAUCUUUGGCGGCUUCGCGUCUCAAAGCUGGGAGGUCAAACCUCAGUUCCAGGGCGAUUCCAGGUGCUUCCUCUUCUCCAUUUCUCCCUGUAUGCGAGUGUUCACCUGCACAGGCUAUAACAAUCAUUACAUGUACUUGAACCAGGGCCAGCAGACCAUGCCAAAUGGCUUGGGUAUGGGUGGUCAGCAUGGCUAUUUCGGCUUGUGGUUGGACUGCGAUUUUGGACACGGCCACAGCAGGGCUAGACCACGGUGCACUACAUACGGCAGUCCUCAGCUCUCAGGAGACGAGGAAUUUAAACUGGACACCGUGGAGAUGUGGGGCGUUGGGCAGACACCUGAAGAACAAGAACAGGAUGAGAAGAAGAAAAGCAUACUAGAUGCAGAUCCUGAAGUACAGGCCAUGAUGGAAAUGACAGGGAAGACCCUGCACAGCCAAGGCCUCCGAGAACCUGAGGAGGAUGAGGGACAGUGAGGAUGGAAAAAAAGACGAAGACAACAUGGAGAUCAAACCAGCAGUGUUUCUUUUCAGUGUUUGGUUUGGUUUGUGUUUUUACACUAAUAUGAAUGAUGAAGAAACCACACUGUUAAGAAUAUUAAGGUGUUAUUACACUGCAGUUUUUAUGUGGAUAUGCAAAAUCAAGGAGCUGGUUUCCUGCUUUCUGUGAAAUAUUAAAAUGUGCACACAAAGACGUUAUGAUGUUCUGCCUGACUACUGUUUAACACUGAGUAUUGACAAUGUGUGACUGAAUUCUACAUUUCUUAUCAAAUAUCUGGACAUUAUGUGGUUGCAUUUAGUCUUGACUGAUAAAUUUAGUGUCUGUAAA